AUGGCAAAAUAUGUCCUGAAAACAUGUAUUGUUUAUCAGAGAGAAACUUGCGAGUUGUAUGAAUCUGAGCAGCAGUGGUCAAAAGCAGCAGAGAUGCUAAGUGGGAUUGAUUUAGAUUCUGGAAUGAGGGUUAUUGAUGACACAUUCAUAUUGUCAGAAUGUAUCCGAAUUGUUCGUCUAUAUCUUGAGGAUGAUGAUGCUGUUAAUGCUGAAGCUUUUAUUAAUAAAGCGUCAUUCUUGAUUAGCAACCGUCAGUAUGAAAUGUUGGUUUUACACUACAAGGUUGGUUAUGCAAGGAUUUUGGAUAUAAAGAGGAAGUUCCUGGAAGCAGCACUGCGGUACUAUGACAUAUCUCAAAUUGAGAAGCGAAAAAUAGGAGAUGAAUAAUCGAUGAGGAUGAACUGGAGCAAGCUCUAUCUGCUGCGGUAACAUGUACAAUUUUAGCAGCUGCUGGUCCUCAACGCUCUCGACUUCUUUCCAUCCUGUACAACGAUAAACGAUGCUCCAAGUUAAAGAUAUAUCCGACAUUACAAAAGGUU